GUUUGAUGAAUCAACAUGACCGGACAGAUUUUCACAGCUUGUGUUUUGGUGGUCAUUUUCAGGUCCAUCAGCGUGUUUGCAGAUGGACCUCCGGUGAGUUGUUGCUUCAGACUUGGAGACAGAAGACCACAUUUGGACAAAAUAUUGAACUACAGAAUACAAACUAAAGAAAUGUGUCCGAUAAGAGCGGUCUUGUUCCAGACGGUCGCUGGGAAGACGCUCUGUUCUAAACCUGAAAGUAGCUGGACAAAGAGUGCUAUGUGGAAGGUGGAUGAAGACCAGAGGAAGCUGAGAGCAGGAUCCUGAAGCUGUGGAGGGAGCUUCAGUAGACGAACGCAGAGGAACAGAAGAUCCAAUAACAGCAGAAAUACCACUAAACAGCAGAGUUACAACAACAAUGCUGACGAGUGAACAAAAGAACUCCCAGACAACCGCAAAUGUCCAAUAGAAGGUUAAAGGAAAAAUAUCAGGAAAGAGAUGUGUUAAAGGACAAAAAUAGUGAGUUUAAAUGGUUUUGCCAUUGGUCAGUUUUGUUUUAUGGUUUUGUCUGAUAUGAAAAAUGGAAUUGUUGUUAAAAUUGUUGUAAUCUCUGCCUGUA